AUGGGCGAUAACAAAGGAAAAAAUCCAGACAGAGAACUCCUUAAGUACACCAACAAUUUCACAUCUGAUGAAGAUCACGAUGUAAUCAAAGAACAAGAUCGUUUGCUUCCAAUAGCUAAUGUUGGUCGCAUCAUGAAACAAAUCUUGCCUCCAAAUGCAAAAAUCUCCAAAGAAGCUAAAGAAACCAUGCAAGAGUGUGUCUCAGAGUUUGUUAGUUUUGUAACUGGUGAAGCUUCUGACAAGUGUCACAAAGAGAAACGCAAGACGGUGAACGGUGACGAUGUUUGUUGGGCCAUGGCUACCCUAGGGUUUGAUGAUUAUGCUGAGCCACUCAAAAGGUAUUUGUAUAAGUAUAGGGAAUUGGAUGCGGAAAGAGGUAAUAACCAAAAUAAGGGUCAGGAAAUUGAAACAUGUAAUAAUUAUGAUGGUAAGAAACAACAAAGUCCAAGGAAAGGUUCCUCUUCUAUGUUCAAUAAUAGGAACAGUGGUCCUCAGUCUAGGGGAUUUUGA